AGGCGCACAGAGAAAGAAAUCACAGAACUGAGAGGCAGGAUUGUUUUAUUUGUCUGGACGCAGCGGCAGAAGCGGAAUCUGGAGGUGAAACGCGUGUGCGUCCGUGCGCGUGCGUGCGUGCGUGUGUGUGUGCGUGCGUCUGGCGGAGGGAGCGCUGGACAAGGAGAGAGGCUCACCCCCCCCCCCUGCCCUCCGCGUCCGCCGCCUCUUCUACCCGGGACUCAGGCGUGUGUGGUGCGUGUGAGAUGUGAAGAGGUUUGAAGAAUGGCAUGCGAAGAUGCUUUCUGUCCGCAAGAAGGAGACGGUGACAGCGAUGCGCCCCGCGCUGAUUCGGACCCUCUUCUACUUUUUGUGUUUGGCGACUUGUGUGAAGAACGUUUGUGCGCAGACAAGGAAGGAUGAAAAGGUUUAUCCGGAGAAUUUCACUCGCAUUUUGGACCGACUUCUGGACGGAUACGACAACAGGCUGCGACCUGGAUUCGGAGGUCCCGUCACGGAGGUGAAGACUGACAUUUAUGUGACGAGCUUCGGGCCUGUGUCAGAUGUGGAAAUGGAGUACACAAUGGACGUGUUCUUUCGUCAGACGUGGGUGGACCGCCGGCUGAUGUACGAGGGGCCCGUGGAGAUUUUAAGACUCAACAACCUGAUGGUGACUAAAGUGUGGACACCAGACACCUUUUUCAGGAAUGGCAAGAGGUCAGUGGCACACAACAUGACGGCGCCCAACAAGCUUUUCCGCAUCAUGAAGAAUGGCACCAUUCUCUACACCAUGAGGCUGACCAUCAGCGCAGAGUGUCCCAUGAAGCUGGUGGACUUCCCCAUGGAUGGACACGCGUGCCCCCUCAAGUUCGGCAGCUACGCCUAUCCCAAAACAGAGAUGAUCUAUACUUGGACCAAAGGGCCUCAGCAGUCAGUGGAGGUGCCCCCCGAGUCCUCCAGCCUGGUUCAGUACGACCUCAUCGGCCAGACGGUCUCCAGUGAAACCAUCAAAUCCAUCACAGGUGAAUAUGUGGUGAUGACGGUCUACUUCCACUUGAAACGUAAAAUGGGCUACUUCAUGAUUCAGACGUACAUCCCCUGCAUAAUGACAGUAAUCCUCUCCCAAGUGUCCUUCUGGAUAAAUAAAGAGUCGGUCCCAGCGCGCACAGUCUUUGGUAUCACCACUGUCCUGACCAUGACCACGCUCAGCAUCAGCGCCCGCCACUCGCUCCCCAAGGUCUCCUACGCCACCGCCAUGGACUGGUUCAUCGCCGUCUGCUUCGCCUUCGUCUUCUCGGCCCUCAUCGAGUUCGCGGCGGUGAACUACUUCACCCAAGCACAGAUUGAGAGAGCCAAGAGGAAGCCGGCCAAAUGUCCCCCGGUGCCACAAACCACUCCUGUCAAGGUCAAGGACGCGGAGGAAGUGCUGCAGCAAAACCCAGAUACCAACGGCAACCUGAGAAAGCGGAUGAAUUACAUCCCCCACCAGGAGCCGAGCAGCCAACAGCGAGCCCAGUCCACCACCAACAUUUCAGGAGUCGGCCGAUCCAGGCCUCUGCGACCUCUAGCCGGCGGCCCCCACGGCAGCUCCUCCACCCUUUCCCGCUCCAGCCCCAAGUCCGAGAGCCUGCUGAGCGUGGCCUCGUCGUCCGCCCAGCUGGUCAAGAGCACCCCCCAGGCCGCGGCUUCCAGUCCAGACGUGAUGGCGGGGACGCAGGGGACGCAGGGGACGCAGGGGACGCAGGGGACGCAGGGGACGCAGGGGACGCAGGGGACGCAGGGCAGGCAGGCGGCCGAGGCCUCGGCGCUGCAGCACCUGCUGGGGCCCAAGCUGGAGCGCAUCCACAUGAUGGGGAACAAGCUGGAGCCCAAGCAGACCCCGUGCUCCCAGCCCAGCACCGCCGGCAUGGGCGGAACCAGUAAGAUCGACAAGUACGCCCGGAUCCUGUUCCCAGUGUCCUUCGGCGCGUUUAACAUGGUCUACUGGGUGGUCUACUUAUCCAAGGACACCAUGGUGGCUAAAGCUGGGUAGACUUUGCUCUCCGACGAGGAGCCCAGAUAUUCACGUCUACCAGAUGGGGAGCAAAUAAGGAUUGUGGGAGUUUGAACACAAUAACAGGAAACUGCUCAUGCCAACACAGAUAAACAAAAGUGCUGGCCAACGACUUACGCUUCCCGGAGAGCAAACUCAGAAUACAUUUUAUUUUUCUUCCUACGAUCCUCAAACAGCAAGCAUGGAACGUACCACCAAAUUAGAAAUACAGAGUCAAAAUGGAAUAUGCUUCUGUCUUCUUUACUCCAUGUGACAUAGACACUACGUGUGACAGGAAAGGUCUUCAUGGGCUUCGACUGCCUUAAGAUCCUGUUGGCCUGCAGUCAAGAGAAAGCUUGGAUUUUCUCCUGUUUUCAUUUUCCUAUUUUUGUAAUCUGCAACGACAGGAUGUUCAGCUGUGUGCACCACCGUCCUGGAAUGAACUGACUCACGUUAUGUAAAUAAAUACAUAUAUUUAUUAGGAUAAAUGGAUUUAUAUGGAAUGAUUACAGUGUACUUCCAUUUGGAGAGUAAGACUUUGAUAUCGUCAGACCAGAUAACACAAAACCCAAAUUAUCUGAGUGCAGCAAAGAGAUGCUGGACCUUUGGGUCAAUAUAUUCCUGAUUACCGUCCGAAUGAUGGUGAAAUCAAAACGAAAUAGAUACAGGGGUUUGGGUCAGAAUAAAGGCAGGCAGACGGAAGUGUUGGACCUGAUCAGCCAGAAAAAGCUCCUCUCAAACCGCACCGGUAACACGCAGCGAAGCUUCUUUACAUACAAGGUGGAUUAAAUAAUCUGGGAACAUUGAGGAUGAAAUUUAGUGAAGAGUGGAUCAGUUGGACAGUAAGAGUUAUUACUUCAUGGAAUAGUAGAAGGUAAGCGUCUUAAUCGAUUACAGACAACGAUUGUACCAGACUAAAAUGGUUUCAUACAACAACAAAACAAGUCAGCUGUUAGAAGACAGCUGCAAAAUAGUAGCGAGUUGAUUGUUGUGGAGCAAUAAAAUGUGACACUUCAACUGGAGGUCAUCUAACAAAUGUGACCUUUUUAUAUUGACAGUUUAGGCUUUUUCUAUUAGAGCUGGAAAGUCAUUGUUCUGACAGUAUGUGGCUGGAUGAAGUCUAGAAGCUGUAAAGCUGCGCUGGAGCCUGACUACAGCUGACACAGUUUGAACAAGUGCUGAAAGGCCCAUUUCGUUAAAGCCAUAAGUGGAGCAAAGUAGAUCAGCCCAAGUUCUUUUGUCCUGUUUGGCACCUACCUCCAGAUUCCAUGAUCCUGCUCUCAGUCACACAGUCAGAUUCCGUCCCUGGAAACAUGGGAUAGAUGAGAAGAUGGAUACCACAGUCACAGCUGGAUGGUAAAUAUAAAGCUAGAGCCAGCGGUCACAUGCUGUAGCUCAGCAGGACAAUCAGGUGGUGUCAGUUUCAGGUCUGAAACAGUAGAACAGUGAAGAGUUUGGGAAAAAUGUGCACUAGCAUCUAAAUGUUUCAAAGUGCAUUAGGUUCUGAUAAUAGAAAGAGUCCAUUCGUGUUCAAAUUCAGGGUGGCAUCAACCUUCUGACAAACUCCUUGAACAAGUGCAGCUGCCACAAUGUUUAACUUCUUCUUUGUCCGUGUUUUCCUUGGUCAAAACUGAGCAGAAUGCAAAUGUGGUCCUGUGUUUGAAAUGAAAGACACUGCUAAUAAUUGAAUCUUUUGAAAGUGUGAAGGAUGCCAUUACCGAGCCGUGCGCCACCGUGAUGUCUGGAAAUUGUCCCCUGCGCUGCCUCCCUUGGUCUUGUAGCGCUCAGGCAGAGGUGAGUGGGGCAUUCAUUAUCAUUGAAGCCCACCUCUGGACAAUGUGACAUUUUGGGUGCCUGCUAUAAAUAACAGGGGCAGAAACGAUUAGGUUUAAAAUGAGCUUUAUUAAAUACUGGUCCUGAAGUGAUAUGUAGUCCCUCAUUAAGCAGCAUUAGCGUAUGCUUUAUUAAAUAUUAUCCUUAGGUCCAUGAAGGAAUCAUAAAAGCCACCAGAUGUAUGAUGAUGUAUUUCCUCUUGGCCUCAUUUUCUGCUCCAUUAUUCAGAUGAGACCAUUUAUAGGUUAAAGAGUCACUCCCCGCGCUGCAGAGAGAGAUGUGGAACGGACUUGGUGCGCGUGGACGCUCCUGGUUUACUUGCCCUUAGUUUCCUGCUCUAACAGCCAUAUCAUGCACGCAGUCAUGGUCGCCAGCCCUCGUCCCGCUUAGUCCGACAUGAGAUACGAUGAUGGACAGAUCAAGACGCUCGCCGCCACUCAGCGCUCCUAAACGCAGCCGCGUGUGAAAUUGAUUUUGCCGUCAUUACGUCCCUGUGGGUGCCCCCCAUCCCCCCUGUCUCUCAAAACAGUGUACAAAAUAUAUCUCAUCAUAAAAACACAGCGCGCCCAUGUCCUAACAAGGAGCCCGUCCAGCAACAGAUUGAUGCUCAGUGUUUAUGUGGUGUGAGUCUGCGGCUUCACACGUGUGCGUGAGUGACAGCGCUGCCAACGCCAGGCUGUGAGCUCUCUGUUUUUCUCACACACAUGCUGUUCUGGAUGACAGGCAGCUCAACAUGGUCAACGUGCUCAUUUAGCCAUUUUGAAAGCUGACACAGGUUAGUUUGCAGAAGGUUCGACCAGUCAAUCGCUCAUGGUGAUUGACAUUUACCUCUUUUAGUUGUUUAAGCCUCUUCAUCAACUACAAAGUGCAGAUGUCGCUGUUAAAAUGGGACGAGCAGAGCUUAAACUAUGGAAUAACACUCCCUCUAGUGGCUUAACUGUUGAGUUGCAUUUUAAACACAAUCCUAAAUUCCUUCAUUUUAUUUGGAAAAACUAUAUUUCUCUGUUAUUAGACUGCUAAUUAAGGGACCUGCAAAUUAAUAAAUAAAUAAAUUCGUUUUCAGAACAAGUAUGGAAAUGGAUGAUCAGAUAAUACACUGAGGCUCAGAAUCUCAAAUCAUAUUUCAAAAACAAAUGGUUACAUUUCUGAACAUACACAAUAUGGUUUUGCGUUUUAGAAAAUGUACUUGAAAAAUAACUUGUGACCCUAUUUUACACACAGUGGAAAGGAAACAUUCAGUACUUCAGUAGAGUACACUUUAAAGUUGUCUCCCAUUAAACCUGUGUAGGAUUUUUGCCUGUAAAAAUGUUGUAGUCAUAACCAUAGAAAAAUCUACAACCUGAUUAAAAAAAGAAGAACUACGAAUCUAAAAAAUAAAGAGUAUCAACAUCCUAUGUAGUCUGUGAGAUCAAACAUUUCUGGCUGCUCCAAAAAAAAUAUUGAUUUAAGAAAUAAAACGUCUCAUGACGUCACAAUGCACCAUAACUGUCACAAUGACAGUACUGAACCACUAGAUGGAGCAAAUAACCAUGGUUUACUUAAGAAUCUGAGAGCUUCCUCCAUUCAGGGCCACUUUGUUAUUAUUAUAAUUAUUAUCUAUUUGUGUCUAAUUUCCCAAAAGAUAACGGGGAUGAUGUUUUAUUGUGUGGUGAUAUGGGACCCUGGGAUUUUGUUCUAUUAACCCUCUCCAGUCUUCAUAACUGAGAGCCCUGUGGGUCACAGCUUGCUGGUUAAUGGAUGUGGUGGUCAGCUACUUAUUAGGCAACUGGGACUGGAUGUAAACACAGAAGAGAUUUCAUGUGGGUUAAUAGCCCUUAACCCAGUUUCUGCAGUAAAACAAUGCAUGUGUACUACUCUGGUAGCUAGUGGAUUAAUAUGCCUACUGGAGCCUAACUGUUUUUUUUGGGGGGGGGGGUUACUCCCUGAUUGUUUGCUGGGCAAGAGAAAUCUGCUGGUUCAUGUUGUAAUGGUGGGUUUCUGUGAUGUGAACAAAUGAUCUUAUCUAGACUCAGUAUUAAUAGUCAAAGGCCGGAGCACGAUUUCUAGGAUUUUUCUUUAAUAUCACACAGAACAUAAACAGAAGCAUAGAAUGCGACCAACCUUGAAUGGCUUCCUAACAUAAACUCAUGUGGCACCAAACACCACAGUGUGUGUCAAAUAUUUUGAGAAUUCCUGUAUUUACUCAGCUCCUACCGAACACUACCACACCCUCCAGCUGUAAUAAUAAUAACUAACCCGCAGAGCUUCGGAUGCCUGAAAGAAAAGGAAGCGUGUGAUUUCUGUACUUAAUAUUGACAACUGUAUAUUAUUUCAUAUGAUGAAAUAUUUUUGAAUUGUUAUUUAUUAGUCAUUAUUGAAAAAGAAAUACUAAUUAAACAUGUUAGACAAAUUCCCUGUUGGACCUUUCUUUGAAACAACUGGCAGCGUGUGACAACCGUCCAGUGACCCCAUGAACUAGAUACUUAACUGGACACUAACAGACAGAAUAAUAUGGUUUUGAAUAUGUUUUUUCUGUUUCACACUGUCUUUUGAACAAUCAAAGCUUCAAGGUAUUGUGUUACACUGGUCCACAGAGCGUCCCCUUGACUUUUUGUGUCUGAUACAGAAUGAUGUGAACUGUUGACCCCUACAGCAUAUACAAUAAACAGACUAACAAUGUUUAUUCCCUAA